AACGAUAGUUUUCGGAACUGCGUUUAGUGCUGUUAUUAAAUCAAAUUGUGAACAUACAACGUGCUGCCUUAAUAAAAGUCAUAUUUUAAACCCGUGUAUCCUGGGCUGGCGGAAUGUUUUGCUCUGACGUCACGAGGUGCAAGCAAAGGCAACUGUAAAAGAGCCUCCAUCAUCACUCACGUCGUGAGCGCUUUGGGAGGGGCAAAAGGGCGACUGUAAGCCAGGGGCGACACUAAAGUCGGGAAGGCGUUCAUGACAAACACGCCGUACACUGUUGUCGCCAGCCGAGUCAGACUCGCUGUGAAACGUGCGAAACAAGGCUCUGUAUCAAACCGGCGUGCUAAGCUAACGCUCCCAACGCGCUAACCACCCAUCAACCGCCGUACGCGAAUCACAGAACGCCUUCAGUAAUAGCUGCUAGGCGGAAUGGCUUUCCGUAGGAGCUGGUUCAGUUGGGACAGGUACAGCGAGGUGGACCUCUUCACCGAGCGCUUGGACCAGAACAACAGCCUCUCCCAGGCCAUCCGGGCCGCCGCCUCUGACGAGAUGGACGCCGACGGCAACGUGCUGUUCGGCCAGAUCCAGGGCACAGUAGUGGGCCUCAAAUAUUACAGCGGGGUGGUAAACCAAGAGGAAAUGGUGGGCCUGGAGCGUGAACCCCAUAACCUUUACGACCGCAACGCCAUCAUGGUCGCCAACAUCUAUGGCAGCCAAGUUGGCCACAUCAGGAAAGACCUGGCUGAAGCCAUGGCGUACAUCUUGGACCGCAAGUUGGCUAAAGUAGAAGGCGUGGUGCACUCUUCGACAAAGAAAAGAUUCUCCAUGCCUGUGAUUUUGUCCUUCUGGGGAAAGGAGGAGAACAAGAGCGCCGUCAUUCAACGUUUGGCAUGCUAUGGGUACAAACUCAUCACAGGUGCGAAUCAGAAGCUGUCUAGCUCCGGAGCUGGGAUGGCCUUGAAUAAAAGAGGCAUGACGGUCCUUCUCACGGCAGAGGAGUUGAAGAACGCCUUCGAUAACCUCUUCGAAGGCCUGCUGGAAAGUAAAGAUGGUGAAAAGGAAGCAGCUGAGUCCGUGGCCACGCCGCUGCUGCCCCACCAGCGGCAAGCGCUGUCGUGGAUGUGCGCCCGCGAGAACGAGUGUGUGCUGCCGCCCUUUUGGGAGAAGCGCGGCGAUCUGUACUACAACACUCUGACGUGCUUCUCGGCCAAAGAAAUACCCGAGAGGGUCCUCGGCGGGAUACUGGCAGACGACAUGGGACUGGGUAAAACGCUGACAACCAUCGCGCUCAUCCUCACCAACUUCCACGACGGAAAGCCGCUGCCCGUGUACAACCGCCAGGAGCAAUCUUCACCUCGAAAAACUGAUGGAGCCGGACCGAGUGGCGCGGUGGAUCAAGGUCUACACUCCAGCCUGGUCCACAUGGAGCAAUCUUCUUUUUCCUCACCAAAUGUCAAGGACGCAGCAAAGCUAUCAGAGAAAGGCAGAAGAACGACAAAACCCACCAAGCGGAAAUAUGAGGCGUCGCUGUUGCUGGAGGAUGCCGACUUUGCCUCUGCGCUAUGCGAAGGGCCGCCGUCGAUGACAAAUUCCUUCAAGAAGAAAAAGAAGAAGAAGAAGGCCAGCUCCAUGCUGGCUCACGAUUACCACGCCGCAGAGAACCCUAGCGAAGCUGUAUCAGCAGGGGCGACUCUCAUCGUAUGCCCGCUGUCAGUGCUCAGCAAUUGGCUGGACCAGUUUGAGGAGCACGUGCGCGCCGACGUCAAGCUGAGAGUGUACAUGUACCACGGACCCGACCGCAACAGGAGCACCAAGUUCCUUUCCUCUCAGGAUGUGGUGCUCACCACCUACAACGUGCUCGCUGCCGACUUCACGAGUAAGAACAGGAGUCUGCAUGAUGUCAGCAGUCCCCUGCAUGACAUCAACUGGUUGCGGGUGGUGCUGGACGAGGGCCACGUGGUCCGGAACCCCAACACGCAGAUGAGCAAGGCCGUUCUGGACCUCAAAGCAAAGCGACGCUGGAUUCUGUCCGCUGUUCUUUGCCGAGUAUUCUUUGACUUGAUAGACAGACCGCUGCAAUCUGGAUUAUUCCACCGUGGCGGAGGGACGCCCAUUCAGAACAGCGUGAAAGACCUUUGGAUGCUGCUGGCCUUCCUGCGCCUCAAGCCGUUCGACGUGAGGGAAUGGUGGAAUCGAGUCAUUCAGAGGCCCGUGACGCAAGGAGACAGAGCCGGCCUGCAGAACCUGCAGACACUUGUGAAGUGCAUCACGUUGCGGCGCACCAAGACCAGCGAGGUGAACGGUCGCCCGCUGGUCACGCUGCCCGAGAAGAGCGUGUGCGUGGAACAGGUGGAGCUCAGCGCCUCAGAGCGCGAGGAGUACGAGCUGGCACACAAUGAAGGAAGACAUACCAUCGGCAGAUAUCUUGCUGAAGGGACCGUUUUGAGGAAUUACGCGGAUGUGCUGGCCAUCCUGAUGAGGCUGCGACAGCACUGCUGCCACCCUGACCUGCUCUCUAAGACCGUCUCUGAUGCAGGCUUGGCGGCCACGCCGGCCGAGCUUCGCGAGCACCUGAUCGAGAAGCUGCGCCUGGUGCUGGCAAGCGGCUCGGACGAGGAGUGUUCCGUGUGCCUGGACUCGGUGCGCCUGCCCGUCAUUACUCACUGCGCCCACGUUUACUGCCGCCCCUGCAUCGCACAGGUCAUUGGCACGGAGCAGGAGAGCGCCCGCUGCCCUCUUUGUCGGAGUGACAUCAAGAUCAACGAGCUGGUGGAGUUCCCGCAGGAGGAGAUGGCGGAAGGAAAUGGAGGAAGAAGUCCCGGCAAGUGGAGGACCAGCUCAAAGAUCCAAGCGCUGAUUGGCAACCUGCUACGUCUGCGACGUGAAGACAGCACCAUCAAAUCUUUGGUGGUCUCACAAUUCACUCGCUUCCUCACCAUCCUGGAGACGCCGCUCAGGGAGCACGGCUUCAGGUUUGUGCGAUUGGACGGCACCAUGAGUCAAAAGAAGCGCGCCCAGGUGAUCCAAGACUUCCAGAGCGUGACCCCAAGCAGCCCCGCUAUCAUGUUGCUGUCACUCAAAGCCGGGGGGGUGGGACUCAACUUCACCGCCGCCUCCCAUGUCUUCCUUAUGGACCCUGCAUGGAACCCAGCCACAGAGGAGCAAUGCAUUGACCGUUGCCACCGUUUGGGUCAGAAGAGAAAAGUAUUUGUAACUAAGUUCAUCGUAAAAGACUCUGUGGAGGAGAACAUGGUGAAGAUCCAGAGGCAGAAGCAGGAGCUGGUGGAGGUGGCGUUCGGCUCCGCGGACAACGACCGCAAGACGUCGCGCAUUAACGACAUCAAGGCGCUUAUGAAGUUGUAGAAAGUGGACAAGGAAUGCACCCCCCUCUCUCUUUUUUCUCGUUUCCGACGUUGGCCAUUCCAAACUGAAGUCCAAUCGUUGCCAUUUUAGAAUCAAGGACCCAGUCACACACAUUCAAUUCAGAGGGGGUGGGGAAUCCAAUUGUCAAAAACAAAAAAAAAAAGGAAGCCAUAAAUGCUCCAAAUAUCAUGUUCAUAAAGCUUUCUUUGGCUGUAUUUGAAUAAAAAAAUGUUUCUGGGCAGUUGUGUGUCUACAUAUGCCCUGUAAUUGACCUGCGGCCAGUCCGAGGUGUCCCCCACCUCAAAAGUCAGCCGGGAUAAACUCCAGCUCACCUGAAAAAUGUCCCCCUCCCUUAAUUUAUGAGGCGAAGAGCUCCACCAUGGAUAAAAAGGUAUGUACACUACGGCUAAAUGUGACAAAUUGUUGAUAUAGUCCACCCCAAAUUAAAAAGGUUUAUAAAAGACUUGAGAUUGAUUUUAAAAAUGUUUAAAAUACCUUAAAAGCUAUAGAUUUAUUUUUUUUAACGGAAAAAUUUCAUUUCGGUCGGCAGCUCCAUUUCCAUGCAGCAUAACAGUUAAAGGCUGCCUCACCAUGUUUGUACUCUGUGCUCCACUAAUAGACCCAAGCCUGGAGGAGGAUUUUUCAGAAAAAAAUUACCGCUAAGUCAUUUUCAAGUUGCUCAUUUUUUUAAUAGCCACAAGGGAAUUGUGCAAUGACAAUAUUUCACUUGUACAUGUUUUUUUUUUUUUUUUUUAGGCUGUAGCGCCACCUCCACUGGAGCGAGAUGGGCAAUUUCCCGCAAUGGAGUGAGGUGAAACAGUGAACACGGUAAUAAGGCAGUCAGGAAAGCAGGGAAGUGCGACGCAAGGACCACAAACAGCAGAGAGAACUUGCAUGCAAGAGGCUGGGAGGUAGGUGGUCCUGUACUGUAGUGUUUCAACAUUAGAAAUCAAGACGACAAAAAAAAAUAAAAAAUGGAUAUGCCCAUUAAUCAGUCACACAAAGACAACCAUACUCGUAUGGACAAUUUUCCAAUUGUAGAUCACAUCGACAAACUAGCAUUCACACUCACAUUUACGCCAAAGGAUACUUUAUGGUAUGGAUGAUGCAGAACAUCCAAACAAACAUGGGGGGGAAACGUACAAACUCCUCGUUGGGAAUGUCUGAAAUUCAAAACGCAGAAAACCCAGGACUGAGGCAGACAAGCACGCUCGCACCCGUGCUGCCCUCUUGUUCAGAAUAUUUUCCGCACUUGAACAGUUGCUGGGCAACCCCGGGGGG